AUUAACUAAUUACUUACUGCGCUUGCCAUAAACAUAAAAAUUAACUUGCAAUUCGGAGAAUAACCUUUUUGGUUUUCUUUUUCUCUGCAUUCGUGACGUCGUCUUGCAACGCAUCAUAAUGUAAGGAUGUCACAAACGUUGCAAGCUAUUAUCGUUUUCAAUUGACACCAAAAACACAAACUCUUGUUGGAAAAUUGUUUGCGAAGCUAGAUUGAUUUGUCAAUAUGGAAAAAGCUGAAUUCGAGACUCGAUUGCGUUCACUCCUGAUGGAAUAUGUGUCCACUACAAACACACGGACAAUGACGCCGAGAACACAAAUUCUGCAGCUAUUGAUGUUUCUGUUCGGAGAAGAGAAUUUCAGAGAAACUGGUAGAUUCUCUUACUCUAAGGACAAAGAUGUUGCUGACCAACAGAAGAAGUACGUUCUGUAUGGCUAUCUGUUCAUGGAGGCGUUGAAGAAAAACACAAUAACUGAGACCGACUUGACCACACUCCAGAGAAUGUGGGGACAGCACCUCCUGUCCCUGGUCAACAGCGAUAAGGCAAACAUAGCUGAGAAAUACGAAAGAAUUCUUCAUAACAGCAACGAAACAGUUUUUAACAUCAAACGAUUUCAACGAAAUUUAGAGAGAAUGAAAACAGGCGAACCAAAGUCAGAAGACAGAACAAAACUCAAAAGUCACGUGACAAAAAAUGGUUUUAGUCCGUGUUGCUUCCGAAGACUUACAAUGUCUCUGAAGAAUACGUUUGGCCGUGGAGAUCCGAGAGAUUUCUUGAUGCUGAAGUUCCAAGACAUUCAGUAAAUUAUGUGGCGUUUAAAUGACCUGGAUAUGAAUCUUACUUGUGGUGUUUUAGU